UUCUCAGGCACAGCCAGGCAGGAAGCGGACCCAGCUGUCCGGGGACAGGACGGUCUGGCGGAAGGAAGCCCCACCGCGAUGGGGAGGCAGGCGGAGGGUCUGAGCCACACUUGGGGCCAUCUGGGGUGGAGGAGCUCCUGGCCCGCCGCGCUCCUAGCAGUCUCCCUCCUGCUGCCUCCAGCCGCGGGACUCUCGGUCACUCCGGUACCUCCUAAUCCGGCUGAAGGAGGGAGCGUCACCCUAACGCCACAAGGACUCUCGGAUUCAUUCAUUAGCUGUAGCUGGUUCCGAGCGGGGACAACAGACCUGAAAAAGCGGAUCUUCAUCUAUUACCCGCCUCCAUCACCUCAUGGGCAGAUCAAUGGACCUGCCUACACUGAGCGGGAGACGAUAGUCGCAACCUGCUCCCUUCAGAUCUCCGAUUUAAUGCUGAAUUACUCUGGAAUCUAUACAGUGUCGGAAGACUCUGCAACGUCUGCACAAGCGUCUGUGAAUCUAACGGUCUCAGAAUCUGUGUCUAACAUCACCAUCACUGGCCCCACUGAGGCCAUCGAACAUACAAUCACAACUCUGAACUGCACCUCUAAAGGAACUGGUGUUUCCUACUAUUGGUUAAAAGAGAACCAGAGUCCAGAGGUGGAGGGGCGCAUCUUUCUGAGCAACAACAACCAGACCCUCACGUUCAACACAACCUUCCGUAAUGACACAGGCAACUACACCUGCUAUGGAUAUAACAGCUUCUCCAAUGCCAGUGACACCUAUCAGUUGGUUGUUCUUUAUGGGCCUGGUCCUCCCACAAUCAGCCCCCCGACCCAAGAUUAUGUUGAGGGUUCCAACCUCAGUCUCUCCUGCAAAGCUGAGUCCAACCCACCUGCACAAUAUUUAUGGUUUGUUGACGGCAAUCCAAAAGGGAAUGGCUCUGAGCUCUUGACUCUCAAACUCUCUUUAAAUGAUGCUGGGAAUUACAUCUGCACGGCUGUCAAUAUUAGGACCAAGCACAACAACUCUGAAAGCUUGGAGAUCCGGGUGCUGCAGAAAGUUUCUAAUGUUACCAUUAAUGGUCCUUCUGAGACCAUUGAGAACACGUCGGUGAAUCUGACGUGCACCUCUAGAGGCAGUAUGGUCACUUACUACUGGUUUAAAGGGAACCAGAGCCUGAAGAGUGAAGGGCAUGUGUCUCUUAGCCCCCCUGCUAAUCAAUCCCUCAUCAUGAACCCAGUCAACCGGUCUGAUGCAGGCUUGUACACCUGCCAGGGAGUCAACAGCAUCAGCAAUGACAGCAGUCCUUCCUUCCCACUGGAAGUGUUCUAUGGGCCUGAUGACCCCAUAAUCAGCCCCACAGACCAAAAUUAUGCUGAAGGCUCCAACCUCAGUCUCUCCUGCAAAGCCAUCUCCAACGUGCAUGUACAAUAUACUUGGCUCUUAAAUGGAACUGAAGAAAUCUUUAAUGAAACUGUCGGAGUCGGAGAUGCCUCCCAGCUCUUGAUCCGUAAUCUGUCUUUCAACUAUUCUGGGACUUAUACCUGCCAUGCUUUCAGCAAUAAGACCAACGUCACCAGCUACUCAGACCAGCAACCAAUCACAGUGUGGGAAAACCUGAAUCGUACCAAGACAGUCCUGGAGCCUACAGAAUUCAUGGUGCCAGAGAACUGGUACGUCACCUUAAAAUGCAACACCUCCAAGAGUGAUGGUGUCAGCGUCUCCUGGUUCAAGAAUGGUGAAGCCCUCCUAACUGGGACAGGCCUUUCGGAUCGGAAUCGAACCCUCAACAUAACUGGUGUCUCCAAAAAUAAUACAGGGUUCUAUACGUGUGAGGCCAGGAACCCUGUUAGCAAGAGCCUCAGCAACCUGAGUAACAUAACCGUGGCAUAUGGACCUGAUCAUAUUAAGUUUAACCAAGAAGGAUCUAUACAGCAACAAAUAGGUUCCACUUUGACUCUGGAGUGUAUAGUGGACUCCGUCCCUGCAGCACAGUUUCAGUGGUGGCUCAAUAAUACCAAGCUGAAUAAAAUGGGGCGCAUCUAUACAACUCAGUUAACCUGGGAAGAUGGAGGGAAUUACACCUGCCAGGCAACCAACCCCUUUACCAACCACAGUGACUCAGCAUCUGUCUAUGUGACGUUGACAAAGGAUUCAAAACCAAUUGGUGGUGGUGGACUUUCUGGAGGAGCCAUUGCUGGGAUUGUAAUUGGUGUUCUGGCUGGAGUAGCACUCAUUGCAGGCCUGGUAUAUUACCUGUGUGCCAAGACAUCCUUGGGGAGGACGGACCAACACGCAUCCAAUGGAAACAUACCCUCAGCACCCGGCCGCAACCAGGGCGCCACUGACACCAAACCCACAUCGCGUGAAGAGGACAUACAGUAUUCAACACUAGCGUUCAACAAGACGAACGCCAGUCCUCCUCAGCCGGCCUCGGAGGCCAACCAGCCUUUAGACAGCAGCACGAUUUACUCGGAAAUCAAGAAGAAGUGAUUAGGAAUCAACCCCCCUGCGGGUGCCUUUGUGUGUUACAAGCACCACCUUUGAGCCUCAUCUCUGCUUGCCCUGCCUGAAUUGUUGGACAGGAGGACCUCUUGCGGGGGGGGCGGGGGUUGCUUUUUUUUGCUGGUUGGGGAAACCCAAUUUGCUUUUUUUUUUUUUUUUUUUUUUGCUGGUUGGGGAAACCCUUCCCUCACCCGACCACACCCAAUGGGUUCUCUUCUUGGAAGGCCCCCAACCCUCUGGGCUGAAAACAAAACAGUUGCUCUCCUGGUUGUCUGCUCUAAUUGCAGGCCUUCAGUUCCCCCUGCUGUGACUUGUGUCCGUGCCAAGGAAGGCUGUUCCCUUCUCCGAACUGGGUGGGGAAUUGUUACUGGCAGUCUCUGUUUCGGCCGCCACCCCAGCCAUUGUUGCGGCUCCUAGCACUGUCCAACCUCCCUCCGUUCUCUUGUCCCUUGGGUUUGGCGCAGCUGCCAGGCAACGGUGGAGCCUACUCCCACAGGCCUACCCCCUGCGACCUGCUGAAUUCCUGGCACUGUCAUCACUACAAAGAAAGCACUCCAUGCCGGGGAAAUCUCACAGGGGAGUGUGGCUUCCAUGCCAGCCGUGUCUUGACAGAUCAGCGCCAACCGGCCCGCUUGGCCCCGCUUAUUUUGCAGCCUGGAGCAAGUUGUGUUUCUUUUUCCUCGCUCAGCUAGCCUUUUGCUGAAAUUCAUUUGAAACCAUCCCAAAAGGUGACUGUGGAAUUGUGGGGCGGGGCGAGAAAUGUGUGAGCUUCGUUCCAGACUGCGGGAAGUUAACAGGCCAGAAUCAAAGGUGGGCCAGCAGGAGUCAAAAGCGAGCAUAACGAAGAGUUCCCCUCUGCAAGGCAAGACUGUCAUCAUUCCCCUUUUCCUGGAUGAACCCGCAUAAUUCAAGAAGCUGUGCCAUGUCGCAGAUUGGUUAAGGAAGUGAGGUCCGGUCCAGGAGGUUUCCGGGGGAUGUGGUGUUGGGGGCUGAAGAGAUGCCCCAGUUUUGACUGGGUGGAACAGAAGGGUGCUAAAGGAGGUACCACCGGCUCUGGGAAAGCGAGGGAUGCCGCUUGUCAUCUUGUCCUAUGGCUGGCAGAUGGAGCGCUCGGUUCGCUUUCGAGGGGCCCUUAUUUAAGAAGCCCAGCUCAGCCAGGCCAAGUCACUAGUCCUCAGCCUCACUUGCUGUGCUGAAUAGCUGUGAGGCUACCAUGAGAUAAAGCUGCCUUGCCUUCAGCUUUUGAUGGCCUGGGCGGGCGGUGGGAUGGGGUGGGGGGGUUGAAAUAAAUUAACUGAGGUGUCAAAUCAGGGAAUGAGGGAGUCGGGAUCUUAGAUUAAUUCACUCUUGUGCUGGAGAGGAAUGCCUCCGCUAGCUGGGUGGGAUGGCAUGCUUUGCGAAGGGCAGCGGGGUGUGGCGAGGACAGGGAGGAGGAGGGAGGUUCUGGCAGCAAGCCGUUCUCUGUUUUGCGCUGCAGAUCCAGUGGUUGCUCUGCAGCCAGCCGGCUCUGGCCUUUUGAGCCGAAGGGGCUAAACACUGCCAACUGUGUGUUUGCGUGAAAGCCGGGCCUUGCCUCGGUCUCUGGUAGGAGCCAAAUAAAGAGCCCGCCUCUGCAUCCACGGCUCACUCGAGCCCUGCCACCUCCCGUCUCAAACAUUUCUCAUCCUUGAGCAAGAGUUCAGGGGGCCUCUGGGCACGCAGGACCAUCGUGGACUUGCUGGGCCCCACUAAUGAAUGGGUGCGGCUGCUGCAGGACAGCCUGCAUUCACCCUGCGCUGCGGGACGGUCGUCGGACAAUGGAGCACUGUUCGGAAGCAAGCUCCCAGCCCCUGGGCUCCAGGGCCCAAGAUAACCUUGGCCAGAUCGCCCCCUUGAAGAAGCUCACAAAGGCAGCUUGUCUGCCGCAUCCGGUUGGUGCUGGGCCUCCAGAAAAGCUGGUGUCCUGCAAGGAUGGAGUGGAGCAGCACAAGUUAUUGUGAGCCUUUGGGGGAGGGAGCUGGGCGGGAGCCGUGAGGAUGGGGAAAACCGGGCUGUUUCUCCAGCAUUUGUAAAAACGAAUCACUUUGUUUUUAAUAAACAUGAUCUGAGAAUGGGAAA